GAGAGGAGACCAUCCAGCGCUGGUUUGGUUCUGGCGCUUCAGAAACCUCGUUAUCCAGUCGGUCGUAUCGGGAGUCACUCAGUAAACUGAACAGACCAGUAGCUGUGAGGAAAGUGCAGCCAAGAGGGCAGACACUUCCCAAAUCCUGAUGAUUUCCAGAUGAGAGCCCAGACUGCUUGGCCUGAGAGGAGAACACACACACACAUAGAGAGAGAGAGAGAGAAUAAUAAUAAAAAUAGGGAGGGCAAGAGGGGAUGGAGGGAGGAGGGAACAGUAAAAAUGAACAUAGUGAAUGAAGGAUGAUGUGAGAUGUCGAAACGCAGCAGUCGGGCUGUUUUCGUCCACCUCGGCGAUGCUCACUUACGCCUGUGACUGUUUCCCUUGAGGGAGUCGGAGGCCGACGGGAGGGGAGCGUGUGCCGAGCCGUGACCCCGGCGUGAGGAUCGUCAACAUGACGCAGUGGUGGGCGCCGCUCGCCGUCGUUUACCUGUCCGUCUACCUGGCAGCCACUCAGCACCACAGGAGAGCUCUGUUUCCGGCCGCGCACAGAAUAAGGCGCGAGGCGUACUCGCUGAUCAACCCCACGUUCCAGCGCUCGGUGGAGGACGUCAACCUGCUUUUUGAGAUCCUGCUCGCUGGAAUGCAGAUAGAAGGUGAAGACAACGCCAUGCUGAUCCCAGAUGAGGAGCUGGCCUCCCUGAGGAGCGUGGAGAAGCUGGACGUCAUCUGCGAGGACGUCCUGCCCAAGAGGCUCUCCGACAUCCGGCGUCUGACAGCAGAGCUCGCCGGGCGCCGGCAGCGUCUGAGCUGGCAGGAGUUCGAGAGGACGGUGCUGACCCUGGUGUACGCCGCCCAGACGCUGGCUGGAUCCAGCAGCCCGCAGCAGAGGGAGGCCUGGACGGAGGCGGUGCUCCAGCUGUUCAGAGCCGUUCAGAGAGACCUCACCCCCUCCUGAGGAACAGCCUGAAGGUGUACAAGUCAUUAUCAGUCUGAUGUGUGUAAUUAUCUGAAGCUUAUUUUAGUCUGCGUACUAACUGUAAACAUUAUGUACUGUUACACAGCUAUUCUUGAUUCUACUAACUUAAAACCACAAGUUUUGCAAAAAGCCAGAAAGAGAUUUUCAUGCUUCAGAAAAUAAUUAGCUUUGCUGUUUCCAAUAACAGGAAACGAUGCCGUGUAUGAACUUUAACACUGGAAUGCAACUGUACAUUAAACUGCACAACUUCCAGAGCUUUCAACCUUUU